AUGAACAUGGAUUGGAUGCAUGAGGAAGGAUACGAGCAGCAAAGGUCUGAUUCAGGCACAAUCAAAAAAAGAAUUUCACCUGAGUCCAUGGCUAUUAUCAAUGGCGAAUUUUUAUGGCUGAAAAAAUUCAAUGAGGUCAAGCUAGACGCUGAUAUACGAGGUUUCUUGGAAGACGCACAUUCGUCUUUUAAGUCAAAGAGCGCAUUGAACCCUCGAGAGACCAAGUUCAAGAAAUCUCUGGUCCACUACGCAGCGAUGGGAGAUUGCUCUGAGCUUCCGGAUAAUGGAUAUACAAUCUACUUGACUCAAAUAGUAUUCGGGUUACCACAUAUUUUCUAG